AAAAUAUUCCGUUCAGCACCGUCUCUCAAAGUAUUCAAAUUUCUCCUCAUCUCUUUCCGAAUGAUGGGCUUUUAAAUUAACGCGGAAACUGAAAAAAUGCGAAUAAAUCGAUGGAUCUGGUGGGCCACGGUCAUUCUUUUGUAUCUCAGGACGGGAUUAGCGGCCGAUUUCUUCAGAUCGAGUGAGGAAAAUGAUAGAAAAUCAUCAGACGAUUUGGAUAAUUUUAAUUCAACUAAAAUCGAACCAGAUAAGCCAAAAACUGCAAAAGAACUCGGUGUAAAAUCAUGCGAAUCGAAUCAAGACUGUGUACAUGAUGGAGUAUGUCACCGUGGAAACGAUGGUCAUGGAAUAUGUAUGUGCCCGAGAAGUUGUCCAGCAAUUACUCCAAAACAAUGCGGAUACAAUUACCGAACACCAUCCACAUGUCUACUCAUGGAUGCUGAUUAUCGAUCGAAAUAUGAUGUGAAGGAGCCGACGUGUUAUUCAAGGAAAUGCGUCUGCCCACCACAAUUCGAUGAUGUUCAUGUUACGGCAAAUCAGAAGCCUCUGCGGUUGAAUUCUACUCUACUUCCAACGAAAUGUGACAAAAGAGAUCUCGCUGUUGUAGCCCGUGCUCACCCAUCGACGUCAGUUUCGAAGGGAAUUGAUGUCACCUUAUUCUGCUGCAUAAAUGUUGAUCCGGAAGGCUUUAUUGAUGUUGCCAGCGUAUUUUUCAUUCAAAAUGGAACAAUUAUGAGAGAAGCAACAUCACACCCAUUUGCACCUAGAAAUGGACUUGCUCGACGGGUACAUGAAAAAUAUUCGUGUUGGGAGCUGGAAAUUAAAAAUGCUCAAACUUCGGAUUCUGGGUCUUAUAUGUGUCGGGUCACUGCGAGUGCUUCAGAUCUUGACGUUACGGAUACAAUGCAGUUUGAGGUUAAAGAACACGCCCGUCGUACCCAUUCAUAUUGGUACAAACGUCCGAAAAAAGUUAUGCCUCCGUCGUCAUCGUCAUCACUGAAAACUUCAGAUGAUGAUGAUGAUUCUACUCCUCGCCAAAUCAAGAAUCUAACUGUAAAUCCAUCUGAACGAGAUGCCAUCGUUACAUGGGAAUCCGAAGGUGGAGAAGACAUGGCAAUUGAUUUGAGACUUGUUCGACGUACGGAUACCCGAGGACAAGUGGUUUUCAGUAAGGACAACUUAACGUCUCCAGUUUCUAUAAAAGAUCUUCGCGCCGCGACUCCGUACACACUUUUUGUGUCGGGGAAUAAUGGACAAGUACCAUUUGAGUUCACUGAACACUUUACUACAAAACAGAAACGUCCAUUCCCACCGAAAGAGGAGGAUGUGCGGGUGCUAAAUUCUGGUUCAGCAUUGAGUUGUGAAGUUGAAUGGAAAAGUCCCGCGGAGCCAAAUGGUCGAAUUACAAAAUAUUUUGUAUCUGUUCGUGGAGCAAUGCGAAAAUCCGACGGAUCCCUAACUCCAGAUGAUCUUCCAGCAGCUGUAGAAGUUGAUAAACGUUGUGCGAAUUGGGAUGGUGAUGAGAAUACAUCAAAGCAUAAUGGAAUCAAUCCAAUUGAUUUUGCAAAUGAAUUUUAUUCUUGCAAAUUUGGUCCAUUAAAACCAAAUCGAAAUUAUACCGUCACUGUUUGGGCUGAAAAUUCAGCUGGGAGAUCUCUACCAGCAGUUUUCCACAAGAACUGUGUUACGAAUUACGCACAGCCAGAUAUGGUAGAAACACCACAACCUUUGCUGUCUAAUAAUCAUUCGACAUUCUCGUUGACUUUUCCCCAACCGCCAGAUGAUAUUAAUGGGCCAAUAAGCUGCUACUAUAUUGCAAUAGUUCCACUUCCUGCAAAUGUUUCUCUGGAUAUCUUGCCAAAAUCUGAGGAAAUAGUUAUGCACUCAUUUUCAAAAGUCUUCACGAACAAUCUACUCCCAUCGUCGGCUGAAGAGAAACGAUUUUUCGCUUACAUUGCCGAGUCGUAUGUUCAAUUACCAGAAGAAACAACGAUAGGAGAUGGUGUUAGAGUGUCUGAUUUAAAAGCCUGUAAUGUACAGUACCUCAGUCGAUAUUCGUCUGAAGAUCUCGCAUUACGGCGUGGGCUCAAGUACACCGGAUUUCUAAUUGUACGUGUCGAUAAGGAAGAAGAAUUGAACAGAAAAGAUGUUCGAAAUGGAGCUGAUCCGAAUAUAUUUAGGAAUUUAAUUGACAAAAGCGUAUCUCCAACAUCACGAACCCGUACUGCAUCUCCCAUGAGCCGCCACCUGCGUCAACUUCAUUUGAGUGGGCCAGCGUAUGGAUAUUCUGCAUACUUCAAGCCAAUACUACUUGACACGGAAAGUUCAAGCAGUGGAUUCGGAAUUUUCAUGAAAAUUAUUCUGCCGUUCCUUCUGUUCUUAGCAUUUGCAACUGGAGUUACAAUGUUCUUUGUAAACCGAAAAGGACAUAUGCUGUCAACUUGGUGUCCAUUAUUCACAAAAAUGACGUCAAAAGAUGUUGUGGAACGAACUCUUCUGAAACAGACAUUUGGUGCAAUUCCAGUUGAUGAUCUUCCAACUGAAUACGUUGUUCGACAUCGAGACACGGAUUUUCUGUUUGCACAAGAAUACGAAUCUCUGCCACAUUUUCAAUUGGAUACUGUAGCCAGUAAUAGAAAAGAAAAUGCAAUCAAAAACCGAUAUAACGACAUUCGUGCAUUCGAUGAUACUCGAGUUAAGCUGAAGAAAAUCAACGGAGACGAUUACUCGGAUUAUAUAAACGCUAAUUUCAUUAAAAGCUGGAAAGAAAAGAAGUUAUUCAUUGCUGCUCAGGCUCCAGUUGACGCCACUAUCGGAGAUUUCUGGAGAAUGGUGUGGGAACAAGAGUCAUAUUUAAUUGUGAUGGUUGCCAAUUUAACCGAGAAAAACCGGCAGCAAUGUGCAAAGUAUUGGCCUGAUGAACAGAUUACAAGAUAUGGAGAUAUAAUCGUGGAGCCUGCCAGUUUUUCGUUCCAUUCUGAUUAUGCGAUUCGUGCAUUCGAUAUCGCACAUAUAGGAGAAUGUGGGCCUGAUGUGAUCCCGAAUGGAAACGGCGUCGAAUACGCGAAUGUGCCAAUUGUAAAAGGACAAUUUGCUAAUAAUUCCCGUCGUAUUCUCCAGUAUCACUUUACCAAUUGGAAUGACUACAAAGCUCCGGAAUGUUCCACUGGAUUGCUUCGAUUCAUGUAUCGUCUUCGAGAAUUACCACAGUUUAAUAACUCGCCUGUUGUGAUACAUUGCAGUGCUGGAGUUGGAAGAACUGGAACAUUUAUUUCAAUAGAUUCGAUGCUUGAUCAAUGUCUCGCGGAGGAUAAAGCAAACAUUUUCGAAUUCGUGUGCAAUCUUCGUCGCCAACGGAACUUGAUGGUUCAAUCUCUUGAACAAUAUGUGUUCAUCUACAAAGCACUUGCGGAAUGGCACAUGUAUGGUGAUACUGAUGAAGAUGUUCGAGAUUUUGAAGAUCACUAUCAACGAUUAUGUGCAUCGAAUAGAGAUAGAGCAGUUAGCUUUAAUCAACAGUCAUCUACGAAUGGAUCAAUAUCUCCGAGAGUAGCAAUUGUCUCAUCUCGAGAAUCAAUGACAACUUCCAAUGGAGAAACUGGAUUGGAAGAAGAAUUCAAAAAGUUGGAGCGAAAUUUGACUACUCCUUUAUCUUCAAACUUUGCUGCAAAAGACGAGAACCUUCUUAAAAAUCGAUAUGAAGCUGCAGUACCUUUUGAUAAAUAUCGAGUUAUUCUUCCUCCAACUAUUGGACAUGCUGACUCUUCAUAUAUCAAUGCAUCACACAUAAAAGGAUACUUUUUUGAUUAUAUAGCCGCUCAGGAUCCUGUUUCAGAAGGAACAGCUUUUGAUUUCUGGAGAAUGAUUGCUGAUCAAAAUGUGACUACGGUAGUUAUGUUGAGUGAUGAGACAGAUUGGAGUGAUGUUGAAAAGUACUGGCCAAUCGAUGGUUCUGGAACAGAAUGUCACUUUGGAUCGGAACGUAAUUCAGUGAAUGUUACCUGUGUCUCUGAAGAGCACCAUCAAGAUUUUAUCAUUCGAAAUUUAUCAUAUUCUAUGAAAGAUAACGAAUCGAUGCCAGCGAACCAAGAAGUUGUACAGUAUUCGUAUACUGGAUGGCCUUCGGAUUCAAUUGUUCCAAAAUCUGCGAACAGUUUGAUGAAUCUGAUUGAGAUGGUCCUGCAACGUCAGAGCAGUCUCAUGGGAUCUCAGGCUCCGAUUGUGGUACAUUGCAGAAACGGAUCGUCAGAGAGCGGAAUCUUCAUAUGCAUUUCCUUGUUAUGGCUCCGACAAAAAGCUGAACAACGGAUAGACGUCUUCCAAACAGUAAAAGGACUUCAAUCACACCGACCGAUGAUGUUUACCCGUUUUGAGCAGUAUUCUUUCUGUUACAGAGCCCUAGCUGACUAUAUCUCUAAGACAUAUAGGUAGCUGUUGUUAUAUUUUUCCAUUUAUCUCUCUAGUCACAUAAUAUAGUUGUUGCCUUCCCCGUUUUAGCUGUUUUCUGGGCACAAAAAAUUCAACAAGCAUACAAAAAACGGGUCAAUGUUGUGCUCUCUUCCAUAUUUCCCUCUCAUUACAAAGUUUUACUCAGUUAUGUUUUUUUUCGUUUGUUUCCUCAUGAAUUCUAUUUAUUACCCAAUCUCUAAUACUAGUCAAUAGUCUAUUCUACACUCCCCGCCUCAACCAACACCACCGACACACAGAAACGAGUAUGCAACUUUCGGAUCCUUCUCAAUGACUUCAGAUGAUUUUUUUUUCAGAUAUUUGCUCGAAAGCCAUAUUGUUGCCUUUUUGAAUUAUUAUGUGUAAAUAUAUAUGAUAUCUAAAUGAAUUUAUUAUGAAUUUUGAUGAUGUU